GGCUGCUUCCCUGUUCGCUUCAGCCUGCAGGAGGGAGUUGUCUGCCCACCUGAGUUCCAGCCUGGAGAUGCAGGCCAUCACUCGUGAUUCCUGGCUUGCAGAACUUAGACAGCCAGAACAACUCAGGAUGAGUAAAAUGAAUAAUUUUGAUGUUCAAAGCACAAAAAUCUGUGUUCUCUGUGGGCGGACAGAUGAAUGCCCUGAAAAGUAUGGAGAAAAAAGGACCUAUGUGGAAUACAAUCUCACUGUUCAUUAUUACUGUUUGUUGAUGUCAAGUGGCAUUUGGCAGAGGGGUGGAGAAGAUGAAGGUGUAGAUGGAUUUUUAAUCACAGAUAUUAGAAAAGAAGUACAAAGAGCUGCAAAACUGAAAUGUAAUAUCUGUAAGAAAAAGGGUGCUUCAAUUGGAUGUGUAACUCCUAAAUGCAAACGAAGUUACCAUUUUCCUUGUGGGUUACAAAGGGAAUGCAUUUUCCAGUUUAUGGAAGACUUCAGAUCUUACUGUUGGGAACAUAGACCAGUCCAAGAGUUUAUGGAUAAAGAACCUAGAGGAGCUUCACAGUGCACAAUAUGCCUGGAUUUGGUUGAGCAUCUUCCGGUGUACACUGUAUUGAAAAGUCCUUGCUGUAAAAAUGCUUGGUUUCAUCGAGAAUGCUUGCAGUAUCAAGCUUUGAGUGCUGGGAUAUUUUUCUUUAGGUGCACAGUAUGUAAUAACAAGGACAAAUUUCAAAAAGAAAUGCUGAGAAUGGGCAUAUACAUUCCAGAAAGGGAUGCGUCUUGGGAACUUGAAGAAAAUGCAUAUCAAGACUUACUGCAUUGUUAUCAACACUGUGAUGUUAAAAGAUGUCUUUGCAAGAAAGGAAGAGACUAUAAUGAACCUGAGAGUAAAUGGGAAAUUAAGCGUUGCCAGUACUGCGGUUCUCGUGGGACUCAUUUGGCCUGUUCAUCUAUGAAGUCAUGGGAGCAAAACUGGGAGUGCAUGGAAUGCAGAAGUAUCUUUGCAAAAUCAGGGAAGUAUAGCAAACAGAAAAAGCGUGCUUUGGCUACUUCUGAAAAGACAAAUGGAACAACUUGUUUGCUGGAAGAGCCACCUCCAAAGUCCCCUCGGCAGUCAUCUGGAUCUCCACGCCAUUUUCUACUCCAAUCACCAAAGUUAAUGUGCCAGAACUUGUCACCUUGCUCACACCUAGAACAGCCAGCAUCCAACAGAGUGACAAUGUCCCUGUCUCCAGUGAUGUCAAAGAGGAGCUGGUCCCUGAGGUACAGGCAUUUAAGACAGCAAAGAAAGGAAGCUGGUAAUAUACUGAAGGAGUUAAAGGUACAAAUUAAAACAAAAGCAACAAGACUUAACAUCAAUGCAGAAAAUAUUUGGAGUAGUGCUUUAAAAGGAUUUAGACAGCGCAUCUUCAGUCCUACAAACACUAUUGAAGUAAAUUUCUCAAACUGCAAAAAUAGAUCGAAGACAAAUACUUCUGCUGCAUCAAAACACCAUUUCUUCCAAUUAUUAAUGCUUCACCUUCAGAAUUCAUCAUUGUUUGAGGGCUCUUCUGGAAAGAACUUGUCCCUUGAUUUUCAAGCUGUAAAAGAAAACCUUUAUUUUGAAGCUGGUAAAAUGAUUGCCGUUUCUCUGGUUCAUGGUGGUCCACCUCCUGGUUUCUUUUCCAAAACACUGUUCAAUUGUCUUGUCUAUGGUCCAGAGAAUGUGAAGCCAGCUUUGGAAGAUGUUGCUGAUGCUGAUGUAGCACAAACAAUAAAAAUGAUAAAAUAUGCAAAUAAUCUGUCCAGCCUACAGUCUACACUACAGGACUGCUGUGAAUUCCUCACUGCUGCUGGAUGUUUAAGACCUGUAACAGCUUUGUGUGAUAAGAACAUGCUGGUGAAUGACAUACUGAUCUAUUAUGUAAUCAAGAGAAUUACUUUACCCUUAGAAAGUUUUCAGCAGGGUUUGAAAACACUUGGUGUUCUAGAGAAAAUGCAAAUGCACCCGCAUGUGUUCUCUAGCCUAUUGUGCCACAAACCCGAAAGACUUUCAGCGGAAACUGUUUACGAUCUCUUUACAAUCCAUUCCUCAUCAGAUGUAAAUAAACUUGAAGGUGCUGAUUUUUGGAUGGACUAUUUGCAAGAUGUGGAAAGUGGUGACUCUGUAGUGACAUUGGAGGAUAUUCUGCUUUUUGUAACAGGCUCCUGUUAUAUACCAUGCAUUGGUUUUGAUCCUGAACCUACUAUUAAAUUUUUGCAUAUAAGGUAUCCCAUUGGAAACAAACUUCUUAAUUGCUUAGAACUUCCUAUAACAAAGACAUAUCAGCAGUUCAAAAAUAAAAUGGAGCUCACCAUCAGAAACACACUAAGGGUUGAAAGGGAAUUUUGCAAAAGUAGCAAGCAGAGUGUGAGUAAUUUUCAAGGAUGAGGACUUUUGGUACCUGCAGUGGCAAGAGAAAUUGUUCAGAACCUGGAAUUAAAUAAACAGCAUUUUAAAACCUUCAAUGGAGAAAGAAAUAAUAAAACAAUGUGAACAUAAGGCUUCAAAACAUACCUGAGAUUACAAAAAUUGAGUUCACAUCUUUUAUUGCUGAAUACUUUUGAACUCAGCAGUUGAAAGGCUUUUAUAUAAAGGCAGACCUAACCUAUAUGCCAGGUGUAAAAAAAGUCAACUUUAAAACUAUCUACUAUACAGUGCUAUAUCCAAACACUGAAUUCGUAAAAUCACUAAAAACAUAGCAUGUAAUAUUGCUUGAAAGGGUUUUUCUUGCAGAGAUUUUGUUCCCAUUGUGUAAUACUGACAUGUACCUGUUCAAGACAAGUUGUCUUUUCCUUUUCUGUUGAUUUGAUCAGCUCUAUUUAGACAGUCCAAUAUAAUACUUCAUUUAUUCAAGUUGUAUUCCUGAAUGCUGCUAUGGAAAGGCAUUUCCUCAUUUUCAGCAUUUAUUUAUAUAGAUCAGUCACAAAUUUAUUUGAACUGUUCAUUAGAAUUACAUUGAAUAAGCUAACUUCCAAACACAGAAUUGCCUGCCUUGUCUUGACAUUGUAAGAACAAUUUAUAUAGCUAUAAAAACCCUAGGUUUUUUAUUGUUGUAGCAGAUCACUGAAGUGCAAUAUUAUGGGGUAGUUUUCAUUUUACAUAAACACAGUCUGAGGCACACCUGAAAUUAGGCUGUUUACUUUCAGUAUUUCUGUAACACAGGGAGAAUGAUUGUGUAUGCAUCAGUUGUGUAUUAAAUAUAUUCUUAUAGAAGUUGCAUCUUUUAUAACAUUUGUCAGCACCAUGAAAGAGCUAUUGCAGUCCUUUGUGUGUUUGGCCAAAGAACUUCUCCCCACAGUUUCUGCAUCAAACCCUUAGUUUCCAUCUGGAAUUAGCACAUCAAAUAAGCUAUUUGUAGACUGAUAAUUUUCUACUAAACGGUAAUACAUUCAUAUUAGUGGGCUUAGUAUGGUCUCCUUAACAAUGUAGAUAUAAUUAAAAAAAAACAGCAUCAAGUAUUUUAGCUCUAUGUUUGAAAAACCAAGGAAUAAGAAAUUUGUGACUUGUUUUUUUGCCCAUUCAGAGGAUGCUUACCAUAAAAAGCUAUUUGCUUUUUUAACUGAAUGAAGAGUGAAAUAUAGUCCAAAGGAGAAAAAAUUUGUUCAUACUAAAAGUCUAAAUCAUUGUGUGCUACACCUUUGAUUAUUUUCAUUAAGAUGUUAUGUCCUGGAAUUUGAAAACAUGAGAAUUUUGAGAGUAUUAGUUAUUAAUUCACACUCACAUUCUGCAUAUGCAUUUUGAAAAUAGUAUCAAAAAAUCUAAUUUAAAUAGAAAGAAUUGCAACAUAGAAGUCUACAAAAUAUGCCUUUCAAGUAUAUUUUGAAUCUGUUUUAUAUGGUAAAAGAUGUUUAAAGCUCAAACUUUACUGUUUCUUACCUGAGGGAAUGUCUAAUAGGAAAAAAGAAAAAUUAAAAUAUGAUUUUGAAGCGCCAAAUCAUAUAUAUACAGAAAAUAAUUUUCAAAAUAUUAAUGUUUGUAAAAAAAACUACCCUCUGAUUUUUGUUUUACAUAAGCAAUGUUAUUUUUAAAGUUAUGGUAUUUAGAAUGUUAUGCAGUACAAUGUAAUUUUGUAAAUUCUUUUAGCUCUAACUUGAACUCUGCAGGAUCAGUGCCUAAACUGUUGCAUCUUCAAGCAAUGUUUGAUAAGAAUUAAUGUUGAAAUAAUCAGUAAUUGUUGGAAAUAUCGUGUAUAUGUCCAAAGUGCAAUAAAAGA